AUGGCGUGUCAGCAGGAGGACGUUGAGAGGUUGGAAUCAGCCCUGCAGGGGCAGCAGCGGAUAUUAAUGAUAGAGGUACAAGCUGACCAGGACAGAGAAGAAGAUAAAAUGCAAGGAGCUGAACUGACGACGGACGAUAAAUCACACAUGAUUUUGCAAGAAUACUAUUCUUGCAAAAUUAUGUUUCUCCACAACAAGCCAUGGAGAAAAAGGAGGGAGGUGUUGAAUCUCUGCAGGAGGUAGUGAAGCAGUUGGAGUUGGCCGUAAGGAACCUUCAGGGUUCUUACACGCUUCCGAUAGGCCAAGCUAGUGAUUUAACGAAUUUCACGACAACAGACGAAACUCUGGUCGAUGAAACCAGCAAGGAUGAGCAAGAUGAGCUCGGUUUUCAAACAAAGUGCCUCAUGGAGAAGCAGCCAGAAGACGAGUGUCUUCAAGUUUUACAGAAUUACCAAAGCAACAUUAACGACUUUAUAACUGUUAGAGACAUCUGCUCACAGCUGGAACAAUCCAGCAGGACAGAAGAGUUUCCCUCACAGGACAGCUCCACACUCGAGGAGAGUUCUGAAUGUCCCGAAGGGAGGCAGGCUCCGAUGUUUGAUGAAGAAGAGCGUGAGACAUACAAGGAGCAGAUCUGUAAAGCCCUUAACUGUAUUGAUGAGGAGCGAAGCAAAUACCACAAUAUGAAGGAGAGACUAUUGGAAAAACUCUCCCGAGCCAAACAGAAACUGGAUGAAGAAACCAUGUGGCGGGACAAGAAGAUAAACAAUUUGGAGAGGGAGUUGUCCUUGUGCUACCACUCAUUGAAAAAGGAGAAAGAAAUCGUUGAGUGCAUAAGAGUGGAAAACGAGCGUCUGCUUGGCGAGAGGAGGAAGCUGUUACAGCAGCUCAGUGAGGAGGAUGACAACAUGAAAAACAUCAAAUUAACAGCCUGCGUGUCUAAAAACAGGGUGCAGUAUUUAGAGACGGAGAACAAGAAUCUGGGGAACAAAGUUCUGCAUCUGUCCAACCAGAUUUCCACCAUGGAACGCAAGUUGCAGAACAUGCAGUUUAUGCAUUUUGCUGAGGAACUUCAGAAAAUGUCAACUCUCCCACAGAAAUUUUCGCCUGUCUCUGUUCAGACAGCGAGGAUGAUGCUGUCUGAGAUUCAGGACCUUUCGGAGGUUCCUCCAGAGUGCGACGCCAAGCAGACAGAUCUGACUUUCUCCCCUGAUGGUUUAGCCUCUGUGGCCUUGAAUCGAACCACAGAGCUCGGCUACCUCAACCUGACUUCACUCCAGAGUCUCUCAGACAAGUCAAAUCCAGAUUCUGGUCUCGUUACCUCUGAAAAUACAGCUCCCUGAGCUUUUCUAUCUAAAAUAUGAUUAAACUGCGCUGAAACUAU